AUGGCGGAAAAUCAAAGAAAUUUUAAAAGGCAGCGUGUAUUAGGAGAUGAUGAUGGAUAUGAGCCAAAGAAGGAUGAUCAGGAGAUUGAGCUCGAAGAUGAGCUUUUCAACGACAGCCAUCAAUUGGGCGACGCGGAUGAAGACGGUGAUGGUGAUGAACCCUUUUUUAUAGAUGAAUCUGCGCCUUCUCAUCCAAAAGAAGUUUGGGCAGACGAUGACGAUAAGGACUUGGAAAUAUCACUCGCAGACAACUCAAAGCUGCGUAAGCUGAGAAAGGAGGAAGACGAAGACCGUGUCGGUGGUGAUGAUCUUGAAAUCAGGCUCAGGGAGAAAUUCAAAUCUAUAAAUCCUACACCAGCUUGGGCUUCACAAGCUAAAAAUAAGCGCAAGCAGCGUGAAGAUGACAGUGACGACGAUGAGGACGAUAUUCUCAAUUCAACCGGUCUCAACACUCUCACCAACAGAAAAACACGCCUGAGAGCUGGUGAGAUUAAGGUCGAACGUCUCAAAGACGUGAUUCAGACAGACCAAAUUAAAAUUGUUUGCGUGCAAUUUCAUCCUAUUAUCAACAACCUCCUUCUCGUCGCUCAGUCUGAUCGAAGACUCAAGAUAUACAACGUUGAAGGUUCCAAGAGUACUCUUGUACAACAACUACACGUCAAAGAUAUGCCCAUCACUACUGCCAUCUUCAACCCUACAAAGCCUUCAGUUUUCAUAGGUGGUCCUCGUCCCUUCUCCUACUUAUUCCACCUCGACACUGGUGCGACAGAGCGCUUCAAAAACGGUGACGACGUUGUCAGCGCUCAUGCAAAAUUUAACUCGGAUGGCUCAAUGAUCGCUUUAAAAGGAAAACGAGGACAUGUCGAGUUGUUGAGAUGGUCAAACUCUGCAUGUGUGCCUAGUGGGAGUGUCAAGAUGAACAAGCCUGUAGCAGACAUUGCGUGGGGGAAAGAUAGCAGCACACUGUACACUAUCUCCGAUAGUUCCGAAAUUAGUACUUGGGACGCUGUAAGGAGACGAUGCAUGCGGACCUGGAAAGACGAGGACAACUUUGCGCCUACUAGAUUGUCUGUUUCGAAGGAUGGCAAGUUUAUUACUAUCGGAUACAAGAGUGGUAUUGUCACUAUAUACGACGCUAGCUCACUCAAACUCCUCAAAUCAAUUGGAAACCUCAUCACUACGAUAGAUAAGCUGGUAUUCAACAAGGAUACACAACUGCUAGCAUCAACUUCGGCCGAGAAGAAUGACCAGCUACGUCUCAUUCAUAUUCCCUCUUUCACUGUCUUCCAAAACUGGCCGACAGCUAACACACCACUUGGCAAGAUACAAGCAAUUGAUUUCUCAACUGAUGGUCGCUGGAUUGUGAUUGGAAAUCACAGAGGAAAGCUGCUCCUCUACCAUAUCAAGCACUACAGUGAUAAUGUAGCUUAUUAG